CUCCAGACGGGCGGUAGCACACAGUGUGAAGAGACCGGCACCCACUUCAGAUGCAACCUCCCAUGCACGAGCCGUCACAUUUGCGCCCGCUCAUUUCAUUUCCUGUCCCUGCCUCGCUCCCCUUCGUUCCAGGCCAGGGCCGCCGAACCGAUCCUCUUUUCUCUGCUCUCUCCUCUUUGCCUGUCUUCCCCUUCCUGCACUCUGUUUGACUUUUGACUGUCACCUGUCAACCUGUCACCCUCUCGACAGCGACAGCGACAGCAUCUUUGAGAUCCAGCGUCGCGGCCAACUCUCUAGACCGACGGCGGCAGCACCAGUCUGUUUUCUGGCUGAGACGAACCAGUCGUGGACCGGCCAAUAAACAUCGGACCCGACCGUGCUUUUCCAGCUUACCGUCACUCUGGUUUCUGGAACCUCUGGCCGACCCCCUUCUUCCGUCUCCAUCUCGCCCACUCAACAACCACCCUCCCGACUCCUGCUUUCUCGCAACACACCAUCGGCGCAUCGCACCCAGAAUCUAAUGCUGCAAGCGGUUGUCGGUUUGAUUUGAUUCAAUUCGGCAUUAGGAUUUUUGUGUGGAUUUCGGUAUCGAUUGCGAACUGUUUGAUUGAUUGAUUGAUUGAUUGAUUGACGACCGUUCGAUUUGGCCAUCUGGCGACGCGCAUGAGUUGAUGCUGAUACGGUGCGCUUGUACAGUUGUUUUUUUGGCAUUUGAGGGAGGUCUGUCUGUUUGAUUGAUAUUGUUAGCUUGUCGCCUCGACAAGUGUGUCUUGUUGGAUUUUUGAAGGAAAGGAAUUUGGACGAGAGAUCGGACACAAUGGGCGCACAAGUUGUUCCAUCAGCCUCUCACGGCAUGCCGGCCCUGGAAGUCGCUGAGCCAAAUCCUCCGCAUAUCAUUAGCCGCGCAACCAAGGGAGGACGCACCCUGUGGUACUGCUUGAAGGUCAUCCAGCAACCCGAGCGCGCAAGAGCAUGCGGUUCAGGCCCAAAGUCAUCGGCUGACCGUCGUCCCGUCGACCCGCCUCCCGUUGUGGAGCUGCGCGUCUAUGAGGGCCAUACUUGGGAGGCGGCCCAGGAUAAGGAUAUCACUUUCCUGUACAACGCCAACUUCUUUCUCUACGCCACUCUCGAACAUGCCAGAGUCAUGGCCCACGGUCGCGUUCAGACCCCAGCAGCCAACACGCCGCCCGUCUUGACCGGUAUGCCCGUGUCUGGAAUGGCUUAUCUGGACCGUCCUACCGAAGCCGGCUAUUUCUUGUUCCCUGAUCUGUCUGUCAGGCACGAGGGCCGUUAUAGACUGACGUUCAGCCUCUACGAGGAGACCAAGGAGGACAAGGACAAGGACCCGCAGAGCGACAGCUCGGCCUCCGAGGGCCAGAGCUCCAGCCCGGCCCAGGGAGGCUCUUUUGACUUCAGGAUGGAGGUCAAGUCGCAGGACUUCGUCGUCUACAGCGCCAAGAAGUUCCCUGGUUUGGCUGAAAGCACCGCUCUCAGCCGCAUGGUUGCCGAGCAAGGCUGCCGUGUCCGCAUUCGCCGCGAUGUUAGGAUGAGACGGCGUGAUGGAAAGGGUGCUGGUGACUAUGACAAUGGCGAUGACGAGUAUGCACGAAGACGUUCUCGAAGAACCGCUACGCCCGUGGCCGAUGCUCGGCCUGACUUCAACCGCAACCGAUCGAUGAGCGGAAGCGCGGAACGGGCUCCCUACCCUGCCGACUCGCAGCGCCGCCCAUCGAUGGCCGACUACCCUUCGCAAUUUCCUGGACAGCCAGGCUCCCAGGGAGGGCACCUUCAGUUCCUCAACGGAGGCCCCAACGGCCAGUAUCCUUCUCAGCCACCACCUCAAAACUUUGCUCAACCUCCCUCGGUUCCCGCUUCACCCGUGUACCCACCAAGCCAGGCGGCGCCGUACCCAUCGCAGACUUCGUACCAGGCUGCUCCUCCACCACCGCCCCCUUCGUACAGACAGCGCGAGCGAACGCCUUCGCAGUCGUCGUAUGCGCCUCUCAACCCGGCUCCUCGUCGCGACAGCGCGCAACCACAGGGCUUCAGGUCAUCCUCUGGCCACGUCACCCUCCCUCCCUUGGUUCCGGCUUUCCCGCAGCACAACUCGCACCGCAUGCCGCCGCCCAAGAUGCCGUCCCUGCCGCCCAUCCAGGUCGACGGACCCCAAACCAGCACGCUUCCCGGCGCCAGCCAGCUCCCGUUGCCGAGUCCGACGGCGCUUCAGGCCGCCCGUCCCAACUUCCCGGCGCCGGCUGCCGGCCCCGUUGACCGCAUCAUGACAACGCAGUACGCCGGCUCGAAGCGGGCCCACGACCAGUCCUUCAAGACUGCUGACCAACCUAGGCGGUUCCAGGAUGGUGCCCGCGACGAGGGUUCCUCUGAGGAUCCAGAUGCCGGGCUUGGGCCCAUGAUCUAUUCGAGAGCGGCUGGAUUUUAUACUACGGUUCCGGCCGACCAAUGUCCCGAGUAGCAGUCAAGAUACCCCCCUUGCUUGAUGGCUUGAUGGUUUGAUGCGUACUGUUGGGCUAGGUGUUUGGAGUUUUGUUGCCCAGGCGGGUCAUCUUCUUUGUGAUUUUAGUGUAUAUACGGGCGACUAUAUGGGAUGGGCAUGUGAAACCCAGGCUUUCAACGAGCCAUGGACUGGACUGCUCGAGGGACACAGACGUUCUUUACGUUCCCUUUGACUCUUUUUUUUUCUUCUUCCCGUUGCUUCUUUAUACCUGUUGGAACGCACAUAGCACGCCGCGACACAUAUACGUACGACCUUCAUUUUCUCUGUUUUCCUUUGGCACUCUUCAUUUAGAGCGACUGCUGGGAGGUUUUGUUGUGGGUGGGUGGGUGGGUUGGGGAGGCGACAAAAAGUUGAAGCUGGUUGCAAAGGAUCAGAUUGUGAUUUUCUUUUUUGGCUGGGAGUGUGGACUUAUACAUCUUAUAUGCAGGGAGGCCUGGGAUCGGCCAGCGGAUAUUUUUUUUUUUGUUUUUGGAAUUUGGGAAUCGCGAUAUGUGAACAGUGUUUGAAUAUCAAUUUUUAUGCGCGUCUUCCUCUCUCUCUCUCUCUCUUUCUCUCCCUACCGUGACCGUGUUUGUAACCGCGUCUUU